AUGGCAUUCUACACAGACAAUGAUCUAGUCAUUUGCCGAGCUUUUUCGUUAUCCCUGAAAGAUGAGGCACUGGAGUGGUAUCACACCCUCCCUCGAAAACAGUAUGCUACCAACAGAAGACCGGAGAUGACUCCGGCUGAGCUCGUAAACACUAAACAGGAGAAAGAUGAAACCUUGAAAGCUUUCAUGCAGAGAUACAAUGAGACGACCAGACGCGCAACGAUCGCGAAAUUCAUACGCAUUGAGGACCUUAGAAACUCCAGAAAAAGGCAACAACAAGAAAAUCCUAACAUUGGUACCAAGAAAGAUAUGAAGCGGUCGUCCAACGACUAUAAAGCUGACAGACCUCCUCGAAAGGAGUCGGGAUGGACACCCAAAUACGAUCGUUAUACUUCCCUCAACGCACCCAGAGCAAAGGUACUCGAAGAGGCACUGCUCGUAGAACUCUUCACCGUUCGGUGGAAGGCCACUCCAAAGAAUGCUGAUGGAAGUAAAGCAUGUCGUCUUCAUCUAAACAUUGGCCAUGACACCGAAGAGUGUAACAUAGUAAAAGAUGAGAUAGAAAGACUCAUCCGUUCAGGGUACCUCCAAAAAUACAUAAAGGAGAGAACAUCCACCAGAGCAGCAACCCCAGCAGGAAGGAAACCUUGCGGAGAAGUCCCGAACGAUCGCCUCAUAGGGACGACCGACGAAGACGACGAUCCCGGAGCCAACCCCGACACCCAGAAAGAGAGAGAUCGACAACCUCGAUCCAUGCCCAACAUCACUUUUACAGAUGCAAACUUCCACGCUCCUGGCCCUGAUCACGAUGACCCCAUGGUCAUCACCGUUGAGAUAGCCCGUUACGAUGUCAGGAAAGUGCUCAUUGAUCAAGGCAGCUCAGUCAAUAUCUUGUACUGA